GAGGGGCUGCCUGGGAGCGACCUGGAGCUGGACUUCGACCACGAGUGCCUGUACGAUCUGCAGGAUCGACGGCGCCCAGGCGCACCGGGCGUGCCCGCCGGCGGCCCACGGGGGGCAGCGCCGGCUUGCCCGCGGCGGCGCCGGAGGCCGCAGGAAGAGGCCGCGAGAGCGAGUGGGACUUCCAGAAGGACCCGGGAUUUCCACUACACCACGUCUUGGAGCACCAGCUGGCGCAUGGGGUCUGCCGGGCCGUGA